CUUUUUAGGAUUUUACCUCUCAACUAGAGUCUAGACUCUUCCUUUGGUCAAUAGUUCUUACAAGUACUUCUUAGACCUGGCUUAAAUCUCCGACCCCUAAAAUGCUCACGAAUCCAUCAACGUUGGCUCCCCAAAUCAGUAGAGUUAAUCAGACGUUGUCAAACAGAAGAACGCUCGUAGAAAGAUCCCAGGUCUUCCUAAAGCCUCCCGUCCGGAAUCGGCCGCCAAUUCACCGGAUGGCUGUAUCUAUACAGACAGAGUUUAUGGUGGAAAUGUCAUGUGAAGGGUGUGUGAAGUCAGUCAAGAGUAAAUUGCAGGCUAUCGAAGGUGUUAAAAGCGUGGAUGUUGAUCUCAAUAAUCAAGUGGUAAAAGUUUUCGGUUCUUUGCCUGUGAAGACUCUGACUGAAGCUUUGGCACAGACCGGUCGAAAUGCUCGGCUAAUUGGACAAGGCAAUCCCGAAGAUUUCCUUGUAUCUGCUGCUGUGGCCGAAUUCAAGGGGCCUGAUAUAUUUGGUGUGGUUCGCCUUGCCCAAGUGAAUAUGGAACUGGCCAGGAUCGAAGCUAACUUCACUGGGCUGCCGCCUGGGAGUAGACAUGGCUGGUCAAUCAAUCAAUAUGGUGAUCUGACACGCGGUGCAGCCAGCACCGGUGGAAUUUACAGUCCGACUGCCGACACUGGGAAAGAGGUAGGCUGGGCACUUGGUGAUCUGGGAACACUGGAUGCCAAUGAAAAGGGUGAGGCAUUCUAUUCUGGUGUUAAAGAAAAGCUGAGAAUAGGUGAUCUGAUUGGGAGAGCAAUAGUUGUGUAUGAGAGGGAGGACAAGUCAGAUGGAGGGAUGAAAGCAGCAGUGAUAGCUAGAAGUGCUGGUGUUGGUGAAAACUACAAGAAACUUUGCACUUGUGAUGGAACUACUAUCUGGGAAGCUCACAGCAAUCUUUAAAGAAAACCCAUAUACAGUAGUCAGUUAGUUUCUCAAGUUGUAUUUGUAACACCAAGAACUGUGCAUUUGCAACUCUACAGUCACCUCAUUCCAUGACUGGUGUGAUCUAAAUAUCUAAUGACAUCUGCUUGACAUUAUACGUAUAACAAUAGUAAUAAUAAGGAAUUAAGGAUUUCACUCUUCCCACGUAUAAAUGAGAUCU